AUGUUCACGUUUUCUAUAAUAACUCCGAGCACAGAUGAUUAUUCGUGUAAGGCGUCGCUUUUGUCUUUUGAUAAUGAUAUAAAGAUUUUGGCUGAUCCGAGCUGGAAUGGUAAUAAUCAUGAAGACAUUUUAUACAUGGAACAAUACUUAAAGGAAGUGGACAUAAUACUUUUAUCUCAUUCUACACCAGAAUUUAUAAGUGGAUUUGUUUUAUUAUGUAUUAAAUUUCCUAAUUUAAUGUCCAACAUACCUAUUUAUUCUACAUUGCCUGUAAAUCAGUUAGGUAGAGUCUCAACAGUUGAAUACUACAGAGCUAAUGGAGUUUUGGGACCGUUGAAUAAUAGCAUAUUAGAAGUCGAUGAGGUGGAUGAAUGGUUUGAUAAGAUUAUACCGUUGAAGUAUUUCCAGACAUUGAGUGUAUUUGAUAAUAGAUUGGUUAUCACUCCAUAUAAUGCUGGGCAUACUCUAGGUGGGACAUUUUGGUUAAUAACAAGGAGACUAGAAAAAAUCAUAUAUGCACCUUCGUGGAACCAUUCUAAAGAUUCAUUCUUAAACAGUGCCAGUUUCUUGUCAUCAUCAAGUGGAAAUCCAUUGUCUCAAUUGAUGAGACCGACUGCAUUAAUUACCAACACCGAUCUAGGAUCUACAAUGUCUCAUAAGAAACGUACAGAGAAAUUCCUUAAUUUAGUGGAUGCCACAUUGGCUAAUGGAGGUGCAGUAUUAUUGCCGACAUCUCUUUCAGGUAGAUUUUUGGAAUUAUUACAUUUAAUAGAUCAGCAUUUGCAAAGUGCACCUAUACCUGUCUAUUUCUUGUCGUAUUCCGGAACUAAAGUUUUAAGUUACGCUUCUAAUUUGUUGGAAUGGAUGUCUUCGCAAUUAGUAAAGGAAUGGGAGGAAGCUUCUUCAAUGAAUAAUAAUAGUUCAAACAAGAACAAUUUUCCAUUCGAUCCAUCCAAAGUCGACUUGUUACUGGAUCCCAGUGAGCUCGUUCAAUUAAGUGGUCCAAAAAUUGUUUUUUGUUCGGGUAUUGACCUUAAGAAUGGUGACAUGUCUUCCGAAGCAUUACAAUACUUGUGUCAGGAUGAGAAAACAACUAUAGUCUUAACAGAAAAGACACAUUUUGGGUUGGAUAAUUCUAUUAACUCCCAAUUAUAUAAUGAUUGGUACAAUCUUACGAAGCAAAAGCAAGGAGGUACCGUUGAAGAUGGGAUUGCUGUUCCUCUAGAAAAGGCAGUUAGUUUGGAAAAUUGGCAUAGAGAAGAACCAUUAAUAGGUGCAGAACUUACUGAUUUUCAGGAGAAGAUAAACUUACAAAGGAAGCAAAAGUUACUUGCUAAGGUAAGAGAUAGAAAAAAUCAAAAUUUAUUAAACGCAGAUACAAUAAAUGGAGAUGACUCCUCAUCCGAUGAAGACGACGAUGUUGUAUCAUCUGAUGAAGAAGUUUCUGCAUUAAAAUAUGCUGAUGUUCCUUCUAACGCUGACAUUCCUAAUACAACAAAUGUGACCUCAGUUGUGAAUGUUGACGAGCUUUCGGCCCAUGAAGCUUUUAUAACAGAUCACGUCAAACAAACCCUCGAAGCAAAUCGUCCAUUAGACCUCAAGAUCACGCAUAAAUUGAAACCUAGACAGGCAAUGUUCCCUUACAUAGUCAGUUCUCAUAAACAAAAGUUUGAUGAUUAUGGUGAAGUGAUUGACAUCAAAGAUUUUCAAAAGCAAGAGGAUUCAAGUAGCAACAAAUUAAUUAUGGAAAGUAAACGGAAAUUCGAACAAAAUGAAAAGCGUAAAUGGGGUAAUGUCGAUAAUAAGGGUAAAGGACGUGGCAAGAACUCAGAUAAGGAUAAUAAUAAUAACCAAAAUAAAAUCACACCUCAAGAGCUCCUAAACAAUCAAUUGUUACAAAAGAACCUUGAUACGUUGUUUAGUCCUAGAAAAAGAAUUCCACUCAAUGCGGCAUCUUCGUUUUCAUCGAAACCACAAGAGUUGCGUAUGAGAUGUGGGUUGUCGUUUGUUGAUUUAUCGGGUUUGGUAGACAUGCGUUCAUUAAGUUUGAUCGUUUCAUCCUUGAAGCCAUAUAAUUUAUUGUUGUUGCCCGAUUUUAGUAUAGGCCAAAAUACAAUCGACGAAAUGAAUGGUUUAGUAACUGUUAAGCAGAUGUUUGAUCAACAGCAAGAUCAACAACAGCAAGAGCAAAAUAAAAAGUCAUUGGCUAACUCAUCAAGGUAUCUAUCCUUGGCAACCAUAAGAGGUGGAAUUUCGAAUUUUAUGACAAGUAAUAACGGUGCAGGUAAGCUGGCGAUUUUCGCCAUGCUGUGCAAUACUCCAGUGAAGAUUGGAGGUGACGAUUCUGAUGAUACUGGUAUCGGAUUAAGUAACUUUGAAAUUAAAUUGGAUGAUAGCAUUAUUAACAACUUGAAAUGGCAAAAUAUUGAUGGUAGUUACAGGGUAGCUCAAGUCUAUGGUGAGUUAGAAAUACAUAACCAAGAUUUGCCUAAUAAGAAGCAAAAGACUAUCAGUGACUACAUGAAUUCAUCAACCCAAUUCACUUUGAAGCAUAUUUCCAACCAGGACUUUUUAAAGCAACAACAAGCCCUCAUAGAUGCACAUGCUGCCACUACGGGCCAACUACUCAAUAAUAAUGGUCCAAAGUUGGCGAUUGGUAAUAUUAGAUUACCUGAGCUUAAAAAGAAACUUAUUGGCCGUAAUAUGAAUGCAGAAUUUAAAAGUGAAGGUACAUUGGUUGUGAACAAUAGUGUUGCAAUUAGAAAGGUUACUUACAGCAGCGUUGAAGGUGAAGACACUGGUGACAUAGUUAUUGAUGGUGCUAUGGGCCCAUUAUACUAUGAAAUUAAAGAUUGUAUACGUGAAAUGUUGGCCUAUGUAUAG